CAGAACCUUUUCAUUGAAAAGGGGAGGGGUGCUUUAUCAUUGCUCGUUAUCUUUUGCCCAUUAGCAAAAUUCACCCACCCCAGCCUCACACACUGAUUAGCAAUAAUUGCACAUAAUCAUCACAAGAUAUUUCUAGAUGGCACCGCUUAUCAUCCACUUGAUCCCAAACUCUAAUAUUUGCGUACAGUAGUCCAAGACAGAGCACGGACAGGCAGGGUGAUUAUUCCGCAAAAGAAUAUAAGAAAACAUAGGGUAUUGUUCAUAAUUGGUAUAAUUUACUACCAUGGAAACGCACCAUUAUCUUCAACUAGCCGUUUGCCUGUUCCUGUCAAGCCUUGCAACGAGCCAGAAUGCUGAAUACUGGAACCAAGAAGCGCAAUCAUCUCUAAGUGAUGCGAUCCGCCUGACAGAACGAAACGUCGAUACCGCCAAAAACAUAAUCCUUUUCCUGGGUGAUGGCAUGAGCAUUGAAACCCUAACAGCGGCCCGGAUCCUCAAGGGCCAGCAGGCCGGGGGCCUGGGGGAGGAUGCCAAACUAGCCGUGGAAGACUUUCCACAUUUCGGCCUGGCAAAGACAUAUUCAACCGAUAAACAGGUCCCUGACUCGGCCGCAACGGCAACGGCUUACCUUUGCGGUGUAAAAACAAAGAAAGGUGUUCUUGGAAUCGACGAUAGAGUGGAAAGGGGUGAUUGUGUGUCUUCUCUUGGAGGGGAAGUUAUAUCCAUUCUUGAAAUGGCACAAGAAGCAGGAAAAUCUGUCGGCCUUGUCACAACCACCACCAUCACACACGCAUCGCCAGGCGCCCUCUACGCCAAAGUUCCAGAUAGAAAAUGGCAAUCAGACAUGGACAUCCCCCUGAAGGAACGCAACCUUGGUUGUGUGGAUAUGGCGAAGCAGUUCGUUAGCAAUAACAAUAUUCAGGUUGCCCUAGGUGGUGGAAGGAUGAAAUUCAUGAGCAGAGCGAACCGAGAUCCGGAAUAUCCGAGUUUGCCGGGAACUCGUAUUGACGGCCGCAAUUUGAUUCAAGAGUGGGUCAAUAACAAACCGGAUCCGGACCGAGUCAAAUACGUAUGGAACGAAGCGGAUUUCAACCAAAUCGAUCCGGAACAAACCGAUUACCUUCUUGGUCUGUUCGAGUAUGGACUCAUGAAAUUCGAUAUCCGUCGCAACAACGACACCGCGGGUGAACCGAGUAUCGCCGAAAUGACCGACAAGGCUAUCCGAAUCCUUAGCAAAAACCCAAAAGGAUUCUUCUUGUUCGUUGAAGGUGGGCGUAUCGACCACGGGCAUCACUUUGGUGUGGCUAGUCUUGCUCUAACGGAGACGGUAGCGAUGGACAAGGCAAUCGACGUCGCUCUCGGGCUGGUUGACAUCAAGGAAACCAUGGUCAUGGUCACCUCAGACCACGCCCAUACAUUCAAGAUGGCUGGCUACGCAGAGAGGGGCAACCCCAUAUUAGGCAGGGCUGAUGGAAGAGCAACUGAUUUGGGAUCGUAUACUACUCUCGGCUACAUGAAUGGUCCAGGUGCAAUCAUUUCAUCUCUCUCAUAUCGACUUCUUGGAAGGCGCCCUCCUGUGACAGACUCGAACACAGGAAGAAUGCUUUACAUGCAACAGGCAAUCGUACCGAUGAUCACCGAGACCCACGGCGGCGAUGAUGUCGCUAUCUUCGCUGUUGGUCCAAUGUCUCAUCUGGUCCAUGGCGUCCACGAGCAGAACUACGUAUCCCACGUGAUGCAACGAGCCGCUUGUAUCGGGUUCUACGCCGACAACAACUGUCAAGGAAUUCCGGCCGCCGAUGUUCAUGGUGACGGUGGCGCCACUGCUCUGGGAAGAGAUGCUACGCUUUGCAUUCUGCUUUUUAUUUCAGUCGUCGUGGCUGUGGUUAAGAUUGCAUAAGGUCUACAAAAUCGAUUGUUAGCACAAGCAUGCGGGGAAAAUAUGGGGAUGUUCAGGGGAACUUCGAAUAGGAGAAUAAACAUUUAGAUUAAUAUUGGCAUUCUCAAAUUAGGCUUGUUCUAUACUGAGGGCCUAUGGCACCAAAUAUUUCUGAUUAACAUAUUCAUCUUUUUCAUUCAAUACUGAAAAAAAAAAUAUAUAUAGUUAGGUCGCUUAGGCGUAUGUUCCAGCAGGCAAUUUAGGUUUGAUUAAUGUUCUUGAAAAUGCCUAUAAGCUGUAUGACAAUGUCAAACCGAUUCAAUUUCCUGAUUACUAGUAAUUCAAGAUAAUUAUAGAUCGAGCCGAUGAUACUAGAUGAAGGCCCACUUCUGUAACUACGCCCAUAUAGAGGAGUGGAUUAAACGCGUGCAAUCCAUCUCUAUUAUAGUCAAUUUCUACAGCUAAUGCCCGAUAUCCUUUUUAUUGAAGAAUACACUUAGGGACGAUAAUUAUGGUUUCUCCCUGCAACUAUCUUAUUGUGUUUUUUUUUCAUUCCCUUUUCUAAAUGCAGCCUAGCAUAUCUUAAGCAUCUUAAGAAACAAUGUAUCCUGUUUUUUGCAUUUGCAGUAUACCUAAACUGAAAUAAUUAUGUCAAUAAAUAAUAUAUUCCGACCA